UUCCCCCUCGAAUUCGAAAUGCCACUGAUAGCCCUGGCCCUGAUCGCUUUUGGCCUAACUUUGGGCCAAUCACUGCCCAUCGAUGAGGGCGAAACUGCGCCGGUGGUGACCAGCGAGCAACCGGAGUCAGCGGCAGGGCGAGUGGUCUUCGACCAGAGGCAGACGGGUCGCUUCAAUAUCCAUGUGAGCAUCAAGGAUGUGGCCAUCAUCGAGGUGGGCCAGAAUGGGCUGGCUGAGGAGACAUACAACGAUGAGGAGGAUUACUAUUAUGAUGACAGUGCGUUGACCGUCAAGCCGAUCAAGUUGACCACUGAGGCCAGUACCUCGACAAGCACCAAGGCAACUUCACAAUCGGCGGCUCCCACAGAGACCACAGAGGUUACUACUCCCAGCUUAAACUCCAGUUUCACUUCCAGCUUGCUAGCUGACUUGGUAACCAGUGUGACAAAACCCAAAUCCAGGCUAAAUAAUCUAAUGAUUGUGGAGACACCCAUUGGUGGGGCAACCAAGGCUCCACACCUGCACCCACAUCCACAUCCACAUCAUCCGCUGCAUGGCAGGUCCAAGGAUGUACCCUCCAUUACGCCACCUUCCCUGCCCGAUGGCAUUGAGUAUACACCACCCAAGGGUCCCAACUCACCCAUUUUCAAGGUCAAGGUUCAACGAUCUUCGAUGCCCGCCGCCAAGAAAUCAUCAGCCGGUGCCGGUGCCCGUUGCCGGAGCCAUCAGGUGCGGGAUGCCCAGGGCAAGUGCUCCGACUCGAUCUACAGAAAGCUGUACAGCAUGCUGGUCGGUCUGAAUUUCCCCUUUUUGGCAGCCGCCAAUUCUGCAGAAAGUGCUUGA